AUGAUUCUAGGAGCAGAUAUAUUUGGAUCAUGUCUAUUACCAGGGCUUAAACAGGGUACUCUAGGCUCUCUUACAGCGCAGGAUACUAUUUUCGGAUGGAUCCUCUCUGGGCCGGUUCUUAAGUCAAACAGCAGCUGGUCUUUACCAGUAACCGCGCAUCAAAGUAUAACCGAGGAAGUCCUUCACGAUGAUUUGCUUAGAGCAAAGUUAGUCUUGAAGAGAGUAUAUGCUCGCUUGCUUAAGGAUUCAGCUUUAUUUUCUCAAUACACGGUGUUUUUAACCGAAUAUGAACAGUUAGGUCAUAUGAAACGCGUGCGGCAGUUUUCUGAAGUUGAUUCUCCUCAAACAGUUUAUUUGCCCCAUCAUCCUAUCCUUAAGGAUGAUAGUUCGACUACUCGUUUAAGAGUAGUAUUCAAUGCGUCAAGUUUGACAUCCAAUAACACAUCCUUGAAUUCGCAUUUUCACAUCGGGCCUAAAAUUCUUACGGAUUUAGUCUCCAUUAUGAUACGCUGGCGAUCCCAUCGCUUUGUGUUUGUUGCCGACGUAGAGAAAAUGUUUCGACAGAUUUUGGUUGGCCCACGUGAUAGAAAAUAUCAACGUAUAGUUUGGUAUUCCUCUGAACAAAACGUUGAGGCUUGGAAUUUAAAUACAGUCACAUAUGGUACUGCUUCCGCUCCUUACAUCGCUAACAGAGUCAUUAAACAAUUAGCCAAUGAUGAAGGGUCUAAUUUUCCUGCAGCCAAAUCAGUCCUCCAAAAUAAGAAUGCAAAUUGUCCCUCAGGAACUCAUGAGAGAGCGUUUGAUUUUAUAAUGGAUGAGGAUAUUAAACUGAAAGUUUUGGGUUUGCAAUGGGAUGCUGAAUCCGAUGUUUUUCGAUUUAGGGUUAAGCCCCGACCUAUGGAUUCUCCGACGAAACGUUUAAUUCUUUCAGUUAUCGCAAAGCUGUAUGAUCCUAUGGGUUGGUUAUCUCCAGUUGUAAUAGUCGCUAAGCGUUGA